UGUCCAGCCCCCGUCCCCACCCCCAUUGGCAGAGUGGUGGGCCCACUGGUGUUACAUUGUAUGUAUUUUCAGACUUUUUCACUCCCUCCACCAACUUUUUUUUAGUGAAUCUCUCUGUCUCUCCAUGCUGAUAUCUCUGCUUGUCCUCUCUGGCAUCUCUUCUCUUCCACCAGCUGUCUCUGACAACAGACACCUUCUGCCUGUUUGGGUACUGUCCCUCUGGACUCAAAACCUCAGAGCUCUAAGGGUUUUAGAGAUUUUCCAGUCCACCCCCCUCCUUCCUCAGAAGAGGACGGAGCCCUGGAUAAAACCGAGAACAGGAACUCUACAGGGGCUACAACAGAGGGCUAGAAAGCAGAUCUCCCAACUCCCAGCUGAUUCAGACCUGAAGUAGGACCCAGGCGUCCCCUGCCUCCUGCAGCUCAACUCAAAGCCACCAGAGGGCUCCUCCCCCAUGGAUUCCCAAACUUUUCCCCAAAAUACCUUUCACUUUCGAUCUCUGAUGUUUGGACCCAGACCUGCCCUGGGCCUUCCCGGCCUGGACAGGGACCCUGGGCCCGGCAGCGGCAUGAGGGGCCCCAACUCAAGAUGACCGCCCCAGCCCGGCCCCUCACUGCCUCCAGGCUGCUGCUCCUGCUGUUCCUGCUCCCCCUGGAUUCGGAGGCCACCAGCACUGACAGCUGCACCUUCCUGUACAACCCCAUCAGCUCCACCUUCCUGCAGGUCAUCAGCUCUUUGUCUGACUACAUGCUCAGGGAUUACCCAGUGGAUGUCCCAGAUAAUCUUCAGGUGGAUGAAAAGUGCUGGCCCCUGUGGCACUUGGCCUUGGCGAAGGAAACCUUGGGUCGCCUGAAGCUGGUGGCCGGCAGUAAGCUGCAGGACCCCCUAGAAGCUGUGUACACCGAGGUCAACUUCGUCAGUCAAUGCAUCAACCAGUCCUAUCCCAGCUGUCUCCGUUUCCGGAAAGCCAACAUCUCUCACCUCCUCCUGGGUGUCUCCAGUCACCUGGGGGCCCUGCAGACCCUCAUCACUCGUCAGAGCUUUCAGUCCUGCCAACAGUAUCGCUGCCAGCCAGAGCCCUCCCCUGUCUCCACACUCCCCUCACCUGGCAGUGUAGGGGCACUGGGAAACACCCCGAGGCCACCCAAGCCCUCCAACUUCCUUCUGCCAUCCCUGGGGAUGCUGCCAGUCCUGCUGCUACUGAUCCUGGUGGCUUCCUGGAGGUGGAAGCAAAGGAGGAGGCGGCUGAGGCCAGCAGGAUCCCCCAAGUCCCUAAUGCCCCAGGGCCCCCCAGACUCUGUCCCCCAGGAUAUGCAGUUGAUGGUGCUUUGAAAGAAGAGGAGGAUGUCUGGAGAGCCUUGAAGGCCAAGCCCAGGAGCUGGGGCCACUUCCUGCAGGAAGCCUCCCACAAGCAGCCCAGCUUAAGACCGCCCUCUUUCCCCUCUUCAACAAGCCCGAGUGACCACUCUCUUGCAGGGGCCUGAGGUGUCCUCUCCAAGAGGGGCGCUGCCCCUUCUCUCUCCUGAAAGGGGUCCCCUGCCGGCCCCCCACCCUGUACAAAGCUCCAAAGAUGUACA